AUGUUUCAGGAUAGUAGUAUGAGAAGAAAAUUGAGGAAGAUGAUGAAGUGUGUGUGUUCAAGAGAUAGGUUAAGUGUUGAUGAAAUGAAUUAUUCAUCAGAGUCUCUUGCAACAAGAGAUUAUUCAGCAACUGCUAGUGGUUAUUCAUCUCGUCCUGGUGAAAAUGAAACUAAGGUGGAUAAUAGUAACAUUGAAGAAGCCGAAUCGUCUCUUCGCGAAAGUGGUUACUUAAACUAUGAGGAAGCUAGAGCUUUGUUAGGACGACUUGAGUAUCAGAAAGGAAACAUUGAAGCUGCGCUUCAUGUGUUUGAAGGAAUAGAUAUUGCUGCUGUUAUUCCCAGGAUGAAAAUGUCUAUAUCUAGAAGAUGUGAGUCGAAUAAUAAACGCGGAUCGCAAAAUGAUUCUGUGCCUUCUAUGUCAUUACAUGCUGUUAGUUUACUUCUUGAAGCUGUUUUUCUUAAGGCUAAAUCAUUGAAGACUCUUGGAAGGUUUCAAGAAGCUGCUCAAUCAUGCAAAACAAUUUUAGACACUAUUGAAUCUGCAUUACCAGAAGGCUGGCCUGAAAACUUUGUUUCAGAUUGUAAGUUACAAGAGACGGUAAACUGCGCGGUUGAACUUCUUCCGGAGCUAUGGAACCUUGCAGGUUCACCUCACAAUGUUGUUUUAUCAUUUAGGAAAGCCUUGCUUUAUCAUUGGAAUCUUGGCAAUGAAGCAACUGCAAGAAUACAAAAGGAAUUUGCUUUGUUUCUUUUAUACAGCGGCUACGAAGCGGAGUCUCCUCCGCUUCGGUCUCAGUUGGACGGUUCCUUUGUGCCGAGAAACAAUAUAGAAGAAGCAGUUCUUCUGCUUUGGAUUCUGCUGAGAGAAAAAUCAAAAGAUCCUUCGAUAAUCCAUCACCUUUCUUUUGCUCUUAGUGUUUGUAGUGAGUUCAUGAUUCUAGCACAAGAGGUUGAGGAGUUACUUCCAGAAACCAUGGAGACAAGAGGAAGAUAUUAUACUCUUUCUCUUUGUUACUACAGCGAAGCCGAGAAUAUGGUUGCUUUGGAUCUCUUGAGAAACUUUUUGAAUAAUAGAGAAAACUCAGUGAACUCAGAUUGCAUAGAGGAAUUGCUUUUAGCUUCGAAAAUUUGUGCAGACAAUAAAGUUUGUGUCGAAGACGGAAUCAAAUUUUCCAGCAAAGCCAUUUCUCAGAUGAAUGGAAAAUGCAAUCAAAUGGAAGCUAUUGCGAAUUGUUUACAAGGUGUUCUACUGUCAGUGAAAUCCAAGUCAGUUUCUUCUGAAUCAGAGAAAGUUUUGAUACAAUCUCAAGCAUUCAGGGCACUAAAAGCUUCUGAAAGAAUAAUGGAGGAUAGUGAUCCUAAUCCUUACAUUGUUCAUCAUCUUUGUCUAGAAUAUGCUGAAAAUAGAAAGCUGAGAGUCGCUUACGGUCAUGCAAAGAAAUUGAUUAAGCUUCAAGGUGGAUCUAGUAUUAGUGGAUAUAUACUACUAGCAAGAAUUUUAUCAGCUCAAAAGAAGUUUUUCGAUGCCGAGAUUGUUAUCGAUGCUGCUUUAGAACAAAGUGGAAAGUGGGAACAAGGAGAAUUGUUGAGGACUAAAGCUAAGAUUCAGAUUGCACAAGGAAGAUUGAAAAAUGCUAUUGAAACAUAUACUUUUCUUCUUGCUGUUCUUCAAGUCCAAAACAAAAACCUUGGAACUGCAAACAAGGAUAUGAAGUGUAAGCGAAAUCGCGACAGAAGACUAGAAAUGGAAGUGUGGCAUGAUUUAACCAAUGUCUAUACAGCCUUGUCGCAAUGGCAUGAUGCUGAAAUUUGUCUAGCCAAAUCUGAGGCCAUUGAUCCCUAUUCUGCUACUAGAUGGCACUCUACAGGUAUACUUUAUGAAACAAGAGGUUUACAUCAAGAAGCAUUGAAAUCAUAUAGAAAAGCAUUGGAUUUUGAUCCCAACCAUGUUCUGAGUUUGAUAUCAACAGCUUGUGUUCUGAGAAAACUUGGUGGGCAAUCAUCAUGUUCAAUUGUUAGAAGUCUUCUCAUUGAGGCAUUAAGGCUUGACAGAACAAACUCAUCUGCAUGGUACAAUCUUGGACUUGUUUACAAAGAUGAUUUGGGAACAUCAGCAUUGGAGGCUGCUGAAUGCUUUGAGGCAGCGGUUUUUCUUGAUGAAUCUUGUCCCGUUGAACCCUUUAGAUAA